AUGGCCGACACACUUCGACCUUAUCACGCACGAUGUCCGCCCCUUCGGCAGGCCCGGGGGACGGUACUUAAUACUAUAAUGGAGGAACCUCGCGAGUCACAGAAGAGCCCACCACAGCAGAAACCGUUAAUCAGCCCAAAGUUGACAUUAAAGACCACUGGAUUAGCAGUACCGACUCACGCUCGCCUUGCUCGACUGAUGUCACCUCUUUCGGCGGGUACGGUUUCUUCAUGCUGCUCGGAUAUGGAAUGGCAACAACAGAUGAAAGGAUUUGACGACCUUUACGACGCGACAGAUGAGGAAGAUAUGGAUGAUGAUAACUCGACAGAUAUCAGUUCUUCGUGUUUCUCUCCUGUAACACGACCAUCGAGCCUGAUUACGCCAGUUACAAGAAGUUCAUAUGCCUCGACUGGAAGCCGCAGAAAAUCGCUUACGCUCGAGAUCCCUCCAUCCAGCGUCUGGCCCUCAAUUACUGGAUGUCACAAGAGCUCACCAGUCCCGCCAACGCCUCCUCCGAAGAUUCCUGUUUCUCCCUUAGCACUUUCAAUGCUGAGUCGAGCUUUACCUACAUCCUUUGCCCCUCCUUCCCUGGAUGGAAGUAUUUCAUCGGAUCAAGAAUCAAACCUCAGUGCCCUCGCUACUCCUGAUACGCACUCUCUUCCCGACUGGGAUGCAAUGGAUAUUCACGUUCGACCCGAUAUGGAGGGAAGCGAGGACGAACUGGAUAAUGCGAAUGCAGAUCUCGAGAACAUCCCAAUUACCAUCGAGACUCCGGAAGAUGUUGACUGGCGCAACGUCUUGGGAAGCUUCCCACAAAUCCCCACAACCCUUCAGAGCUUCGAUCAGCCCUCCCGUGAACCAACCCCUUCCGACCAGGGUGUCUUCCUUCCUGAUGGUGCUCUGGCGAUGCUCCAUCACAUUCAGCUCGAUGGUGCACCGGAGUCUUGGUCAGAGACUUCUGGUAGCAACGACGAGAUGUGGCAACUUCAGGCACCCCCGAGUCGUCCUCGUAGUGCAGAUGAGGCCACUCCUGCAUCGGCGAUGUCCAACUACAGCUUCAGUGAACUAAGCAUUCCGUCCCCUGGUGGGUUUUUUGCUUCGCUCGCUCCACGUGCACGCCAUACUUGGUCCAUGGCCCCUUCCAACUUGCCACCGUCUUCAGCGGUUGCCGAGGGAUUUUACAAUCUGCCAUGGCGUCGAGAUGACGAAGAGGUUAUCGAACAGGUUAUCGAUUGGCCUCAACGCUCAGAAGACGAUGACCCUGUCACUGCAGUACGGGAUGAGCAAGGGCCCCCGACUGCCAUCCGGCUUCCGUGUGAUACUCCAACACAACCAGAUACUCGACAGGACAGCCCAAUGAGUGCAAACUUUGAGGCAGUUCAAGAGAUCCCCCGUUCUGAAAAUGUCCCCGAAUACGACGAAGGUUAUGACCAAGACCUACAAGAUCGUGCAGCCGAUAGCCUUGAUCGAACCAGCGUCUGGCUCUCUGCUCAAGCUACCUACAUGUCGGCCUUAAGUGAAACCAAUCCGGUCAACGAGAUGGACAUUGGAAUUGCCUCCGAAGUGGAGGAAGAAGAGCCGACAUUGGAGUUGGAAGAAAAUCCAGUCAGGAAAGCAGUUCGCUUCGUUGAAGGAUACCCAGCACCUAGCAGUCCUUUGCCUCCGCUACCUCCGGUGCUUGCUAGCAAAGAUCCAAUUUACUGGCGCGGAUUCCAGUCGAUCCGUGAGCGUGCUGACAAGCCUGAUGGCUUCUUGCAUCGUAACAUGCGUUAUGACGCUGUCCAAUCAUUCCGUCUUGGACUGCUUGAAAACCAUAUCAACUGUCUCACUGGAAAGUACGAACUUGUCUUCCCCGAGCGACCUUCCUACAAGGGGCCUUUCUCAAAGGCACCUCGAAACUCGACUAUCGCUUCAGUUCUUGCCGAGAAGGCUCAAUUCUCCAAGCUUGAGAAGGAACAACUCGUUCUCGCUCAGCUCUGCGAGCCGAUGUGGGCAAUGGAAUCACUCCGCAAUCUCAAUGGUGGCAAGCUACUCACAAGUCCCGCUGAGAAGCGCAUUGCUCGCACAAACAAGGCCAGCAAAAGCCAAGACCAACCUAAGCAGUCAAUGCGUAUCCUUGACCUUGGUGGCCAGUCAUCAUGUGAAUGGGCAUGGCACGUCGCUCAGGAGUACCCGAAUGUCACGGUGUAUUCUGUCAACGACAAGACUCAAAUUGUCAAUAGCGCGAUCAAGGGACCAUCAAACCACUGCGUGGUAUCUGUCGACAAUCUUUGGGAACUCCCUUUCGGCGCGAAAAAAUUCGACGUGAUCACUACACGCUCCCUACACGCCCUCCUCAAGACCGAGUGCCCCGUUGGCUUUGAUCGCGACGAAUACGACCUCGUUCUCAAGGAGUGCAUUCGUUGCCUGAAGCCAGGCGGCUUCUUCGAGUACAUGCUCCUUGACGCUGAAAUCUCCCGCGCGGGCGCUCAAUCGACAAGCUCAUCAUCUGAGUUCAUCUCCAACCUGCGCGCACACGGCUACGACCCAGCAGCUUCAAAAAGCUUCCUUGGCCGUUUGCGCAAAUCUGGUUUUGUGGGGAUCAAGCGUGCCUGGAUGUUCUUACCCGUAGGCAUGGAGCCAAUCGAAGAGCAGCCGCUUCGGGAAACACCCGCACCUCGAGUGCAAAGCUUGAUUGAAGAGUACGAGGCUGUGCAGGGUCCCAUUGGCAGCACAGGGGAUGUUGCCAGCAUUUCGGGAUUACUUGGUGGAUGGAUGUGGGAACAGUGGCUUGUUAAGUUGCGGAUCGAGAUGGGUCAAGAACGGGGUCAGUUGCUUGAGGGUGUUGGGGCGAUUUUUGAUGAGGGACGGAAGAACGGAGCGGGCUGGACGUGUUUGUCUGGUUGGGCCAUGAAGCCGAAGCAUACGAGAGACUGUGCCUGGAUUUGA